GGACGCAACAGGGAACAAUAAUGUUGAAGCAUAUCAUGUUCAACGGCAGCAGCAGAUGGAAGAAAAAAGUAUCAAGCUCAAAGGCAUGGAGCCUAAGCUAUACAAUGCGGCACUAAAUGGAUCAAUCGAAGGCAUAAGUUUAAUAUCGAAUUGGAAGGAACAGGCAACGCCCAUGGGAAACAACAUCCUCCACGUUCAUAUAGGGAAACCACUCUACAACACUGUGUCCGAGGAUACAAGAAAAAAGGUUAGCAUCGAGUUCAUUGAAGAGGUUCUCAAUGAUGAGCAAGGUACUAUAUCAUCAGGUUAUUUGCUGCUAUGGAAAGAGAACAACAAUGGUGACACGCCACUGCACCUUGCUGCUAGGUUCGGGUACUACAAGGCAGUUCAAUUGUUCCUUAAACGAGCUAAGGAGGUUAAUCAAGAGGAGGUGACGCGAAUGCUGAGGAAGACCAACAAUAAUAAGGAUACUGCCUUGCAUGAGGCAGCACGAGGGAGUCAUGCUGCUGUGGUGAAGCUGCUAGUAGAGGCGGAUUCUAGUUGUCCACAUGAGGCUAAUGAGGUGGGUGAGACUCCCCUCUAUCUUGCCGCGGAGAGGGGAUCUACUGCUUCAGUGGCUAUAAUACUAGAAACUUGUCAUCCAUCGUCUAUGGGUUAUGGUCAUAAAGGUCCUUGUGGUCGAACCCCUCUUCAUGCUGCAAUCCAAUGGGGUAACCCGGAGAUGGCGCAAAAGAUGCUGGAAAAAGAAAGCUCUCUAAUAAGGAUACAAGACGAUGAAGGGCUAACUCCACUCCACUCCGCGGCUGCAGAGAUCAGCAAAUUACAGCUUCUUAAGGUGCUUUUGCAUUAUGAUAGCCAAGAGACCGAAACAUCAGUACUAUACAUUCGAGAUAAGAAAGGACGAACACCACUUCAUAUUGCAAUACUUCGGUGUAACUGGGAGGCCAUUAAAAAGUUGACAAAAUGUCGUCCAGACUGCAUCGAGAUAGUAGACAAUUAUAGGCGAAAUGUGGUACAUUAUGCUGCAAAAUGGGGUUGUCUCUAUAAACUUAAAACUUGCCUCAAGAAAGGUCAUUUUGACAACCUCCUUAACGAGAAAGAUGUAGACGGAAAUACACCUCUUCAUCUAUUCGCCGCUUCCAUUCCUAACCUUGGCCAUGCUUGUCUACUAACACUACCGUGUUUCAUAAGAUCAAAGUACCCAUUCCUAGACCUCCAAGCUUUCAAUAAACAAAACCUUACCAUUGGGGAUAUUUUCGCUUCUAAAUUUCACAUGCUUCAUCCCGGUCGGUCUAAUAUACAACGGCUUAGAAGUCUGAUUACUCCGAAAGGAAAGCGAGUCAAUGCAUAUGAAAAUGAAGUUGAUAUAGAAAAAGCAAGUUCAAACGCAGUCUCAAAACUAGCUUCACUAAGAAAAGCAGCUCAAGGGCAGUCGUUGGUAGCGGUGUUGAUUGCAACGGUAUCUUUCGCUGCUGGUUUUACAUUACCCGGUGGAUUAAAUCAAAACCCGGGAGAGAAUGUAGGUAUGGCUGUGCUUCAGAGUAAAGCCUGCUUCAAAAUAUUCUUGAUUUCAGACGCCUUGGCCUUCACAUGCUCCACCCUAGCAAUACUCAUGUACUUUAUUCUUGUUACUACGGAAAGUACCUUCAUUUUUGAGCCUCUCUCACAUUCUGCACUUAUUUUGAACACUAUUUCAUUGGGUGCCUUGAUGUUAGCAUUUACCACGGGUGUGUCGGUUGUGGUGUGUCACUCCCCUCAUCUAGUGUUUGCGAUAUGGGCUAUUGCUAUGGUCUUCUUCCUCUACUAUCUAGUGCUAAUCUUUCGAAAUGUUCGAGCUGGACUGCAUCACGCGAGAAGAUGUUUGGCUAGGAAUCAUCAAAGUUUUUAG